GUCGUCAUCAGGACAGGAAGUAGUGACCGUCUUUACUCGACGCCAAAGAAGAAGAAAGAGCGACACAAAAAUGACGCCUGAGCUCCAACCAUCACCGGACCGUUGUCACUAGUUGAACCCCCGACACCUGAGGUGAGUUGGAGGCGGUGUGGGACGCUGCCGUAUCAGAAGGGCUUCAGGGCUCUUCUCACAGCAGCGAUGGCAUCUCAGUCAGGCAGGGAGGAGGACAGCUCGGACUCGAACAUGCCAAGCCAAACUCAUUCAUGCGAAGGUCAGUCUAGGCCUCUCUCCUCCAUGCCUGCUUCCCCAGGCUUCACUCGACUGGAGCAGAAUGAGUCUAUGAACCCGCUUCAUAUCUCUGUAGGUGGUCUUCCUAUGUUGGCUUCCAUGGCCAAUACCACCGACCCUCGUUUCCGCCUCAAGUGGAGGCCCAUUGUGCUUGUGGCCGUCUCGUUGACCCUGGUCCUGCUGCUCUUCAUGCACUUGGGUUCAGGCUCCCGCUCCUACAACCCCCCUGCUACGAGAUCCAACUGCGCCAGCACCAAGCAUGCCGAUACCCGGUACAAUGACACCUACCCUCUCAGUCCGCCUGAACGUACCCCGCAAGGAACACGCUACCGCAUCGGGGUCAUCGCGGACCUGGACACGAACUCUCAGAGUGACAAGAAGCUGACGUGGUUCAGCUACUUGCGAAAGGGAUACUUGCUGGUGUCGGAGAGCGGCGACAAGGUGGCGGUGGAGUGGGACACGGACAGGGUGGUGUUGGAGAGCCACUUGUCGGAGAAAGGCCGAGGAAUGGAGCUGUCUGAGUUGGUGGUGUUCAACGGGAAGCUCUACUCUGUUGAUGACAGAACUGGUGUAGUCUACCACAUAGAUGGAGACAAGGCCAUCCCGUGGGUUAUCUUACCCGACGGCGAUGGGAGUGUUGCUAAAGGGUUUAAAGCGGAGUGGCUGGCGGUAAAAGAUGAGCACUUGUACGUUGGUGGGUUGGGAAAAGAGUGGACCACCACCGAGGGUGAGUUUGUCAACAACAACCCAGAGUGGGUGAAAGUUGUGGGCUUCAAGGGGGACGUACAACACGAGAACUGGGUUCCCAGGUACACCUCUCUGAAGUUGGCAGCAGGGAUCGAGCCACCAGGUUAUUUAAUUCACGAAUCCGCAGCCUGGAGUGACAACCUGCAGCGCUGGUUUUUCCUCCCCCGUCGCGCGAGCAAAGAGCGGUACGAGGAGACGGCAGACGAGCGGCGCGGUACGAACAUCGUCCUGAGCUGCUCCGCAAAUUUCAACGACAUCAAAGUGAGCCGCGUUGGACUGCAGAACCCCACUCACGGCUUCUCCUCCUUCAAGUUUGUCCCAAACACCGACGACCAGAUCAUUCUGGCGCUUAAGUCAGAAGAGGAUGCCGGAAAGAUCGCGACUUACAUCACGGCCUUCACGCUCGAUGGUCGCAUUCUUUUACCUGAAGCCAAGAUUGGAGAUGUAAAAUAUGAGGGCUUAGAGUUUAUAUAGAGGGGGUCAGAGACAGAAUCAUUGUUAAGGCCAUGGCACUGUGGUUCUAGUUUGUUUACAAUCCAGUCACUGUUGGACUUUCUGGACUCGCUGCUUCCUAGAAAAUGCGUAACUCCAACCCUCAAAGGGUUGUUGCACUGAAGAAUUUAAAGCUGAGACUGAAAAAUGAGGUCUUCUAUUUCGAUCUAUAUCGAAAUACUGCAGUGCCAACUUGUGCUGUCCAGGGUCAUCUCCUUGGCAAACCUAAUUGUGGGGUUUAAUAGUACUGUAGCCUUAUUUGUAAUGAAUGUACAAAAAAAUUGAUUUAUCAAACUGAGUUUUUCUUUUUUCUUAACAGAUGUCUUUUCAUGCACAUACUCGACACUUUUUUCCUGUUUGCUCGAUGUUAAACACUCUGGACACAUGCUUUUUAUCUCAGAAUUGGAAGGAAACUUUAAAUAAGUAAUUUUACUGUUUGCAUUUUGUUGUUUGUUGUUUUUUUGUGUUUUCUGGGUGAAACUCACAGUAAAAUCUCGAUCCCUA